GAGCCGUAGCGAGUAGCUCGCAAAUCGCAAGCUAACACAGAACAGUAAUUUGAUAUUCACUUGCUCGGAGUCGGAGCUCUAGCUUGGUUCAUCGGUUGCAUACUUGCAUAUACCACCGUGCCAUGCCUUACCUCGUCCAGCUCCUCCUCCUAACUGUGGCCUUGACUCUCCCUACCUCCGUCCAUCCACAGAGCGGCACACCACGAGAAGAUGAUGUGCGCUGUCUCGAGGGCCUCAAGACAUCCCUCGGCGACCCGGAUGGCCGCCUCGCCUCCUGGACCUUCUCAAACACCUCCGCCGGUGCCAUUUGCGAGCUCUCGGGAGUUUCGUGCUGGAACCCCGACGAGUCUCGCAUCAUUGCUCUCUCGCUCUCUGGCUUUGGCCUCACCGGUGCUAUCCCCUCUGAGCUCCAGUUCUGCUCCGCCAUCACAACCCUCGACCUUUCCUCCAACCGGCUGGGGGGACAAAUUCCUCCCGCACUGUGCGACUGGCUCCCUUUCGUCGUCAACCUCGACCUCUCCGGCAACCAGCUCUCCGGACCAAUUCCCGCAGAGCUGGCCAACUGCAAGUUCAUCAACUCGCUGAAGCUGUCGGCGAAUUCCCUUUCGGGAAAAAUCCCCGCCUCCCUUGUGCUCCUAGGUCACCUUAAGUCGCUAGACCUGUCUAACAACAACCUGGACGGCGAUAUCCCGCCUAAGCUAGCGGCCUCUUUCUCCGCGGACGCCUUCGCCGAUAACCCCGAUCUCGUCGAGCCACACUCCGGUUUUAACCUCGGUGUCCUCUUCGGAAGGCCGGAGGCUGCAGCCGCCAUUGCCUUCGUCUUCGGUUUUGUUGGCACACUCUUCUUCGGUCCUUCCAUCAUUAGACGGGUCGCUGGUCGCAGUUGUUAGGGUUAAUCUUGUUGUUCAUGGUUUAAUUAGGAUGAGUACCUACUUAGGAGUCGUUGUUUAUAGAAUAUGUCUCGUUGCUGCAAUGCUGCGUUGGUUUGUAACGUAUACCGGCCAGGUCGUGUACGUACGUAAACGUAUACGAAUCAAAGCCUGUUAAUCUUGGAAGAGGAUUCUAAUUCCUCGAGGAACAUCCCCUCGUGUAAUUAGGGGUGAAAACGGUACGGAAAUUUCUGAGAAUUCUGGCUACCGUUUCCGGUUUGCACCGACCGUUUCAGUCAGUAUCGGUAAUUGUCAGUAUCGGAAAUAGAAACGGUAAUCUCUUUCGAAAAUGGUAGCGGAAAUGGGAUGGGGUUUUUUCCGACCGUUUUGUCGGUAACUGUUUUUUAUCGGUAAUUUCCGUCAAAUUUCCGACAAAAUUCCGAAGAAGGAAGCCGGCUGGGCCUCGCUAGCAGGAGCAAGACAGGAGCAGCCCAUUAGGCAUUUAGGCCGGGAAGAAAACCCAUAGGGCGUCAGCCGGCGUGUCACUUCUCCUUCUCAUCCACUCCCUGUCUCGUGACUCUCGCACAGCUCUCCGCCGCCGCCGCACCGCCGCUUGCUAGUUCUAGCCGUCGUAUCCUUGUGCCUCGCCGCGUCCCUUGCCGGAGAAGCAAGAUGGCGCCUGCCGGAGAAAAACGCCGCAUCCAUCUGGAUCCAUCUGAAAGCAACAACAGAGACGAGGAACAUUGAGUUUGCCACUGUUGCCAGGUUUGCCAGGUCCACCAGGUAUAAGUGUAUAGCUUGAAUGCUUGAGCAUGAUUUUUUUACAUGUACAGAUGAAUGUGGAACGCCUGAGCCUUGAUGUGUUUGAGCACGAUUUUCUGUUGAUGUGCAAGCAUGAUUUUAGUAGAUGUACAACUUUUAAGCCUUGAGUAUUUUUUUAGACAUACCACAGUUAAAUAUGGGAUGAUACCACAGUUCACUGUUUCCGACAUGAAUUUUCGACUUCCGAACAA